AUGUACGCCUGCGCCCGGUGCGGUAAUUCAUACGCUCGACUCCACAGUCUCAGCCGGCACGUCCGAUUCGAGUGCGGCGUCGAUCCAAAGUUCGAGUGUCCCAUAUGCCACAAAAAGUCCAAGCACAAACACAACCUGUUGUUGCACAUGAAGACCCACCUCAAUAAUGUUGACAACCAUUAUUGCGAUCGUCUAGGCAUAACAGAUGAUUUGGAUGAAAAACUAUUCAUGAACCUCAGGCUGGACGAAAAGCAUACAUGUCCAGAUUGUUUGGAUACGUUUGGCGACCAACUCACCCUUUGGCAUCACAGAAAAGAGGUGUGCGGUCUAGACCUUAUGUAUGAAUGCAUUAAAUGUCAUCGUCGAUUCAAAUACAACCACAAUCUUAAGGCCCAUGGUGCUACGUGUUUGAAACAGAAAAAAAAUAUACCAGAAAAACCUACAUGA